GCUGGGUUCUUCCCUCCCCAACCUUGGCGAAAGCAAAGUCUGAAGGCGGGAGAGGGGUUCCUGGUCCUCAGACCCCUUCUGGGUGCCUCUUUUGGCCCCUCCUGGGCCAUCUCAUCGCUUCUCCUUACCUCUGAGCUGAUUGACCUCUCUCUGGUUAAUUCAUGGUUAUUCCCCAGUUUCCAUUUUACAAAUGAGAAAACUGGGGCUGGGGGUGUUAAUUUGCCCAACCCCUUGGUUUCUAUGAGCGAGUUCUCUUGACUUUCAUUCUCUGCUUGCGGGUGGAGGGCCCUUCCCUCCCUGUUGAGCCCGGUCUCUGGAUAAGGAUCCCCUGACACCUAGCUUCAGGAAGCCCCUCCCUACAGUUUUUUAUCCUCUGUGGGAAGUUCAUCCCCCUGUCUUGCUUCCAUUCUGUGAGGUGGGUUGAAGCUCGUUUUGAAGAAUGGCCCCAGAAAAAGACCCUGAGAGGGAGCUGAAUCUGCUUAGCUCCUUUUGGGGGUUCUUGCAGGGCCCCUUCCCCUCCUGCUACAGACCUCCUCUCCGUGACAGAUUCAGGAUGGUUCCCUGUCCCUGCACCCUUAAGCCUCUUGCUAACCCCCUUUUUCCCAAAAGAGGAGCCCCACCUCCUCAGAGCAAGGGGCUGGCCUGUGCUAUUUCUGUCCUUUCUGGGCUUCUUCUGAGAACAGAUUCUUGUUUUCCGUCUGAUUCAGAUGUGAAACUUUUCCCGCAGCCUCCCCUCUCACCCAGUUCCGGUAGGCUGGGUCUCUGCCUCCCCACUCUCUUCUUCCUGCAGCCAGGCACCUCCCCAAAGUUCUCUCUGGUCAGUUGCUCAGUUCUACUGGGACCUGGAGGAGGAAGGCAGGGGCCAAAAAGGAAGUUGUCCCCCCUUGGGGGCCCUGGGGCUCCCGGGGUCAGGAUUUUGAUACUCUGAAGCAGGAAACUUUGAUUCCCAUGGCAAACCCUGUUCCUGUUCAGAGGAGCCACCUCCAGGGCCCCAUUCUCAGGCUGCGCUACAUGGUGAAGCAGUUGGAGAAUGGGGAGAUAAACAUUGAGGAGCUGAAGAAAAAUCUGGAGUACACAGCUUCUCUGCUGGAAGCCGUCUACAUAGAUGAGACACGGCAAAUCUUGGACACGGAGGACGAGCUGCAGGAGCUGCGGUCAGAUGCCGUGCCUUCGGAGGUGCGGGACUGGCUGGCCUCCACCUUCACCCAGCAGGCCCGGGCCAAAGGCCGCCGAGCAGAGGAGAAGCCCAAGUUCCGAAGCAUUGUGCACGCUGUGCAGGCUGGGAUCUUCGUGGAACGGAUGUUCCGGAGAACAUACACCUCUGUGGGCCCCACUUACUCUACUGCGGUUCUCAACUGUCUCAAGAACCUGGAUCUCUGGUGCUUUGAUGUCUUUUCCUUGAACCGGGCAGCAGAUGACCAUGCCCUGAGGACCAUUGUUUUUGAGUUGCUGACUCGGCAUAACCUCAUCAGCCGCUUCAAGAUUCCCACUGUGUUUUUGAUGAGUUUCCUGGAUGCCUUGGAGACAGGCUAUGGGAAGUAUAAGAAUCCUUACCACAACCAGAUCCACGCAGCCGAUGUUACCCAGACAGUCCAUUGCUUCUUGCUCCGCACAGGGAUGGUGCACUGCCUGUCGGAGAUUGAGCUCCUGGCCAUCAUCUUUGCUGCAGCUAUCCAUGAUUAUGAGCACACGGGCACUACCAACAGCUUCCACAUCCAGACCAAGUCAGAAUGUGCCAUCUUGUACAAUGAUCGUUCAGUGCUGGAGAAUCACCACAUCAGCUCUGUUUUCCGACUGAUGCAGGAUGAUGAGAUGAACAUUUUCAUCAACCUCACCAAGGAUGAGUUUGUAGAACUCCGAGCCCUGGUCAUUGAGAUGGUGUUGGCCACAGACAUGUCCUGCCAUUUCCAGCAAGUGAAGACCAUGAAGACAGCCUUGCAACAGCUGGAGAGGAUUGACAAGCCCAAGGCCCUGUCUCUACUGCUCCAUGCUGCUGACAUCAGCCACCCAACCAAGCAGUGGUUGGUCCACAGCCGUUGGACCAAGGCCCUCAUGGAGGAAUUCUUCCGUCAGGGUGACAAGGAGGCAGAGUUGGGCCUGCCCUUUUCUCCACUCUGUGACCGCACUUCCACUCUAGUGGCACAGUCUCAGAUAGGGUUCAUCGACUUCAUUGUGGAGCCCACAUUCUCUGUGCUGACUGACGUGGCAGAGAAGAGUGUUCAGCCCCUGGCGGAUGAGGACUCCAAGUCUAAAAACCAGCCCAGCUUUCAGUGGCGCCAGCCCUCUCUGGAUGUGGAAGUGGGAGACCCCAACCCUGAUGUGGUCAGCUUUCGUUCCACCUGGGUCAAGCGCAUUCAGGAGAACAAGCAGAAAUGGAAGGAACGGGCAGCAAGUGGCAUCACCAACCAGAUGUCCAUUGAUGAGCUGUCCCCCUGUGAAGAAGAGGCCCCCCCUUCCCCUGCCGAAGAUGAACACAACCAGAAUGGGAAUCUGGAUUAGCCCUGGGGCUGGCCCAGGUCUUCAUUGAGUCCAAAGUGUUUGAUGUCAUCAGCACCAUCCAUCAGGACUGGCUCCCCCAUCUGCUCCAAGGGAGCAUGGUCGUGGAAGAAACAACCCACCUGAAGGCCAAAUGACAGAGAUUUGGGGUUGGGGAAAGGGCCCCUCCCCACCUGACACCCACUGGGGUGCACUUUAAUGUUCCGGCAGCAAGACUGGGGAACUUCAGGCUCCCAAUGGUCACUGUGCCCAUCCCUCAGCCUCUGGAUUCUCUUCAUGGCCAGGUGGCUGCCAGGGAGCGGGGAGCUUCCUGGAGGCUUCCCAGGGCCUUGGGGAAGGGUCAGAGAUGCCAGCCCCCUGGGACCUCCCCCAUCCUUUUUGCCUCCAAGUUUCUAAGCAAUACAUUUUGGGGGUUCCCUCAGCCCCCCACCCCAGAUCUUAGCUGGCAGGUCUGGGUCCCCCUUUUCCUCCCCUGGGAAGGGCUGGAAUAGGAUAGAAAGCUGGGGGUUUUCAGAGCCCUAUGUGUGGGGAGGGGAGUGGGUUCCUUCAGGGCAUGGUACCUUUCUAGGACCUGGGAAUGGGGUGGAUAGGACAUCCUCUUCACCCCAGAAUUGCGCUGCUUCAGCCCCAUCUCCAGCCUGAUCCUCUGCAAUCUUCCUUCUCUCCCUUUCUGAUAUAGUGACUGGGGAGAAAGGAGCCAUUGUGACCAGGGGCUGCGGGAGGCCUUUCCUGGGACUUCCUUGGGACGGGUCUGGGCCCCUGGGGCUUGUCGCCUGCCCUGGCUGAGUCCCGAGCCCUUUGCCUCCUUCCUCUCCCCUGGGGCUGGGAGGCUCCAUCCGACCAAUGUCUGUAAAGUGCUUUGAGGAUCUCCCCAGCAAAGCACCUUCAGAAUGUAUCGACACCAGCUGGGUUAGGGUCAAGGGUGCCUGGGGAGGGUGAGUAAUCCUGCAUUGCUAAAAGAGAGGGUCUGUCCCCUCCUUUCCACAUCCCAGAACUGGCCCAGCUGCAGGCACUAAGAAGCUCCUCCCCUGAGACAAGUGAGGGGUAGUGGGUGAAAGGCAGAUGGACAAGGGGCUCACGGCUGCUGCCUUCCUGUCCUCUGGAGAGAACCCAGCCAGGCGCGGUGCCCCUUCCUCUCCUCAGGCUCCUCCUUGCCCCCACCUCGCCCCAGGAAAGGCCAAAGUCCAGGUGACUGCCCUCCUUCUUUCUUGUAAAUACCAACCAUGCAUUUGUACAGUGGGCCCUGUUCAUGCGAAAUCCACAUCCAUGGUCUCCUAGACCUGCUACCCUGGUACUUCCACCCUACCCCACCCCGAGAAGGGCAGAGACGCAUGUGACUCACCCCUGCCCUUGGUUUCCCAGACCCCUGCUGUAGCCAGAGAACAAUAAAGAAGGGAGACCAGG